AUGGACAAUAAGAAAGCAGAUCAAUCCCCAGCGUCUCUCCACGCUGAGGCCUGCAAUUCCGGCGACGACAUUGAAAGGAAAGGAGAUCAAUGGCACACUAACACAAAAGAAGCCCAGGCAGCUAAUGCAGCCGAACACUCUUUGACUGUGCGGCAGGCCCUGCGCGCGUAUCCAUGGGCAGUCGCGUGGUCGCUCACAAUCUCCAUGUCAAUUAUCAUGGAAGGGUACGACACCAAUCUUGUCGGUAACUUCUACGCCUAUCCUGAGUUCAAGAAACAGUUUGGGCGUGAAUAUGCGCAUGGAUAUGAAGUUCCCGGGGAAUGGCAGUCGGCUUUAGGGGCUGGUGGGAAUGCAGGGUGCAUCAUAGGGGCGUUUCUGAACGGGUACCUGAUAAAGCAUUAUGGGUUUAAGAAAGUGUUUCUUGGUGGUUUGUUCUGCAUGUGCGGGUUCAUAUUCGUCUCGUUCUUUGGAAAGUCCGUUGGAGCUCAGGUUGCUGGACAGGUUCUCUGUGGGAUACCCUGGGGAAUGUUCGCAACGAUCGGUCCAGCAUACUCCUCGGAACUCCUCCCCAUGGCUCUCCGUUCCUAUCUUACAGCCUACACAAACAUAUGCUUCGCCAUCGGCCAAUUCCUCAGCAUGGGCGUCCUGCAAAGCCUCCUCAACCGCCCAGACGAAUGGUCCUACCGCAUCCCCUUCGCCGUGCAAUGGAUCUGGCCCGCCCCGUUAUUAUUCAUUGCAAUCUUCAUGCCCGAGUCCCCCUGGUGGCAAGUCCGGCACGGACAAUACGACGCUGCCGAGAAAACCGUCCAGGGCCUUAUGGCCAAGACUGAACGGCAUAACGCGCAUCAGAUUGUCGCCAUGAUGAUCCAUACCGAUAACAUCGAGUCAGAACUUGAAGCCGGCUCGUCGUAUAUGGACUGUCUAAAAGGGUCGAAUCUGCGGCGUACCGAAAUCGCCUGCGUCACCUUCGCGGGUCAGGUUCUUGCCGGGAGCCAGUUCGCGUACUCGGGGACGUAUUUCUUUGAACAGGCUGGAAUGAGUCCGGAUGAUGCUUAUAAGCUUGCCCUUGGGGGCACGGCGAUUGCGUUUAUUGGAACAGUGCUCUCGUGGUUCCUUAUGAAGGCGUUUGGGAGACGGUCUAUGUACCUCGGUGGUAUGGCCAUGAUGUGCGCGUACCUCUUCAUCAUUGGGAUUCUGGACCUGGUAAGGAAUACCGACGGGGUGAAAUGGGCGCAGUCGUCGUUGUGUAUUAUCUGGCUGUUCACAUUCUCGCUUACCAUUGGGCCAUUGGGAUGGUCCAUUGCGCCUGAAGUGUCUUCCACGAGACUGCGUUCGAAGACAAUCGUCCUUGCACGGAACACGUACUAUAUUGCGAUUGUUGUGGCGAACGUUAUUGAGCCGUAUUUCAUGAAUCCCACGGCCUGGAACUGGAGAGGGAAGACUGGGUUCUUCUGGUUUGGGACCGGGUUUGUGACGCUUGUUUGGGGAUUCUUUAGGCUUACAGAGACCAAAGGGAGAACCUUUGAAGAGCUGGAUAUCAUGUUUGCAGCGAAGAUCCCGACGAGGAAGUUCAAACGGUAUCAUGUUGAUGCUUAUGCGGAGAAUCUGGAUAUCAAGGAUCGGGCUAGGGAGACUACGGCAGAUUAG